AUGUCUAACUCAGAUCCCCCUGCUACCCCGCCGCGACAAGGCGAACCUAUCCCUCCCAUCAUCCUGGAAGAAGCGGAAGCUGCGGCUGCAGCUGCUCAAGAGGAGGCGUCUGGUGGUGCAAGACAAUCGAAUGUGUCCAAUUCAUCGCCGGAAGGGCAUGUACGACAUCAUGGCGGCGUCUCUCCUCACCUGGAGGAUGUCCCUCCACCAGCAUACAAUGGCGCCGAGUAUGGACAACUAGACAUCAGUCAGAAUGGCCUUGACACGGGCGCACGGAUAGCCAGUGAUGGUCGAGUCAAUAUUAAUAUCAACCAGCAUAAAGGGAAGCUCACGAGCUUGCUUCUGCCUGCGCUGCGCCGUCAAUUGGAGUUGUCGAGGCAGAAACCGCCACCAGAGCCCCCGGUUCCUGAGGGAUUGGGAGAUGUGGACGGCCUACCUCCUCCACCGAUGAACAUUGUGAUUCAGAUCGUGGGCAGCAGAGGAGAUGUCCAGCCCUUUGUUGCAUUGGGCCAGGUAUUGAAGAACAAAUACAAGCACCGCGUCAGAAUCGCCACCCAUCCCACGUUCAAACAAUUUGUCACCGAGAAUGGUCUGGAAUUCUUCAGCAUAGGGGGCGACCCGGCAGAACUCAUGGCAUUCAUGGUCAAGAAUCCAGGCCUCAUGCCGGGCAUGGACUCGCUCAAAAGCGGAGACGUGGGCAAGCGACGAAAAGGAAUCUACGAAAUCGUCACAGGUUGUUGGAGAUCCUGUAUCGAAGCUGGGGACGGCAUGGGCACGCCGGUCAGCGAUGACAAUAUGGAUACGCGCAGCUUUGACAGUGCCGUGUCUUUCGGCAUAGAUCCGACUUUGAAGCCCUUCGUCGCAGAUGCAAUCAUUGCCAAUCCUCCAAGUUUCGCCCAUGUUCAUAUCGCAGAGAAGUUGGGCAUUCCACUUCAUCUGAUGUUCACCAUGCCUUGGUCGCCAACGCAGUCUUUCCCACACCCCCUCGCCAACAUCAUCUCUUCAAAUACUGACGCCAGUAUCACAAACUUUGUCACCUACGCCUUGGUAGAUAUGUUGACCUGGCAGGGUUUAGGAGAUGUUAUCAACAGGUUUCGAGAAAGGAGUCUCGGCUUGGAACCCGUGAGUAUCAUGUGGGCACCCGGCAUGGUCAGCCGAUUGCGCAUCCCAUGGACGUACUGCUGGUCGCCGGCUUUGAUUCCAAAACCAGCAGACUGGGGCAGUUAUAUCGACAUUUCGGGGUUCUUCUUCCUAAAUCUGUCCACGAAUUAUACACCACCACAGGAUUUGGCAGAUUUCCUAGCUGCUGGGCCUCCUCCUGUCUACAUUGGAUUCGGCUCGAUCGUGGUGGACGAUCCAAAUGCCAUGACCAAGAUGAUAUUUGAUGCCAUCAAGAAGACGGGCCAGCGAGCAAUAGUCUCGAAAGGCUGGGGCGGGCUCGGGGCCAAUGAGUUGGGAAUACCUGAAGGCGUCUUCAUGAUUGGCAACUGCCCUCACGAUUGGCUAUUUCAACAUGUGUCGUGCGUUGUGCAUCACGGUGGUGCAGGUACAACUGCCGCUGGUAUAUUAGCCGGUCGACCGACGGUGGUGGUCCCAUUCUUUGGUGAUCAACCAUUCUGGGGCUCAAUGACCGCCAGAGCUGGAGCAGGUCCCAUGCCCAUUGCAUACAAGAAUUUGAAUUCCGACAAGCUCGCACACUCGAUCUUGGAAGCAUUAAAGCCCGAGUCGCUUGAGCGCGCAAAGGAGCUAAGCACGAAGAUCAAGGCAGAAGAUGGUUGUGAAGCUGGCGCACAGUCGUUUCAUAAGCAGUUGCACAUGUCGAACCUCCGAUGCUCGCUGGAUCCGUCACGAAUUGCAGUCUGGCGUGUAAAACGAACAGAUAUCCGGCUGUCACCACUUGCAGCCACUGUUCUAGGAACGGAAGGUCUGCUGGACUUCUCGGACCUGAAGCUUUACCGACCUCGAGAGUAUGAGACAGAGGAUGGCCCAUGGGAGCCGAUAUCUGGUGGUGCAGCCGCCCUAAUUGGGACUCUGGGAAAUCUUUCCAUGGGUAUCGCAGACUUCCCCGUCGAAAUCCUCAAGUCUCUGAAGACAGCGUCGGGAGAAUUGAAAGAAAUCCACGAAAGACGCUCAAAUAGUGGUACAUCCACGCCUGUUGCGCCCUUGGAACGCUCUUCUGAAGUUGCUAGUUCGACCUCUGGGGCGAUUACGCCUGUUCAGUCUGAACCGUCACUUUCGUCAGGGACCACGGCAGUACCGGCGCCUUCGUCCUUGUCUACAGUCUUGAGCGCAGAUGGAUCGCCCAAAGUUUCCCAUCAUCACCGGCACCAUAGCUUGACUCACCAUCGAUCCCGAUCUCGCUCUGGUUCGCCAGCAGCGAACGACAGUCGUGAGUCCUGUGUCGGCGAAGAGGUUGGGCAAGUCUCACUGGACACCGCGAUCUCUGGAGCUAAAGCUGCGGGUAAAAUCAUUUCAGCUGGCGUCAAAUCACCCAUGGACUUCACAUUGUCCCUGGCAAAGGGGUUCCACAAUGCACCGAAGCUAUAUGGAGACGACACGGUACGACAGAACGAAAAGAUCGUUGGGCUUCAUUCCGGCUUGCGAGUGGCGCGCAAAGAGUUCAGUUAUGGCUUCUACGACGGCAUCACAGGUCUCGUCACCCAGCCACUGGCAGGGGCGAAGAAAGAGGGCGCAGCUGGUUUCUUCAAGGGUGCGGCCAAAGGUCUCGGUGGUCUGGUUCUCAAACCGGCCGCGGGCAUUUGGGGCCUCCCUGGCUACACGGCAAAAGGCAUCUACAGCGAGAUUUCCAAGCACUUUGGAAGCUCCGUACAGAAUUAUAUCAUUGCGGCUCGAACAGCGCAAGGAUUCGAGGACUGGAAAAACAGUUCUCCCGAGGAACGACAACGAAUUGUUACCGCCUGGAAGGAUGGCAGGCUGGAAACCCGGAAACAUGGACAACUCUACGGAAAUGAUCGCAAGGUGGCGAUUGAAAGCCACAUUAUCACGAGGACCAACACGGAUUCCGUUGAAUUGGUUCACGGAUUCCGAAAUACUAGACAUCUUAGUUGGGACGAAAGAAAGGCUCUUGCCGAGCGAAGAGACCAGCUGAGAAAGGAAGAGAAGGAAUUGCAACGCCGUGAAAGAGAAAUUCAAAGGGAAGAGAGGAAGAAUGGCAAGAUCAAAAGCCGGUGCAAAUUUUGUCCCUUUGACCAUGACACCAGUCAUCAUCUCAAGCACAGCCACUCUCUCUCCAGUCUGGGAUCCUCCCUUAGCCAUGAGAGCACACCGUCGCAGUCGCAAGAUAACAUCCUGGCCGACUAUGAGCACGCAAUUAAGCAUUCCGUGAGUUCGACGAGCAAAGGCAAUCCUUUGGAAGAUGCAGUCAUUGAAAGGGCGCUGCGAGCGAGUCUUCGGGAGCUGCACAGUUCGGGUCACGACCCAAACAAGUAUUCUGAUGCAGCAUACCAGCAAGCCAUUCAAGCUAGCAUUCGAGAAUUCAAGAAGGCUCAAGAAGAACAUGCUCGACAGAGCGAUGCCUCGUCCAAGAGCACAGAGAAGCCGGAGGCAGAGCAUGACGCUGAACUCGAACGGGCACUUGUGCAGAGUAUGGAAGAGCACAAUCAGACCAAAACUACAACAGCUUUAGCCCCCGGAGAUCACCACCAUUUGGAUUACAGUGAUUCAGGAAUUGACACUGACUACGACGAAGAUUUCGUGCGCAAACUUGAGGAGACCAAGAAACUGCAUACGGAAAAUGAACUGAAGAAGAAAGGGCUUGCAGAACGUGAGGCCGCACUGACAGCUACAAAUGGACAUGCGGAGCCAGGUACAUCCGCCACAGGAGCGACAGCCGAUCACUAUGAAAAUGACGAGGAGUUACAGCGGGCAAUAACCGCGUCUGAGGAGGAAGACAAGAAGCGACAGGAAGAACUUACGAAAGAAAGAACAGAAGAAGAGAUUGUGAUUGAGUACGUCAAAAAGCAGAGCCUCAUCGAGGAGCAACUGAGGCAACAAAGGGAGGGUGAUGGAAGAUGGAACUGCGGUGGCAGCCGAGUGGCAGGCCAACAGACGAUCGGUGAGGGGAGCAGAGAGUGA